AUUAAUAGAAUCCAUGUAGUUUCUUGCUGAGUUGAGAGAAGACAACAUGUAUCGCAGCGCAUUCGUUUUAUUGGCCUUGAUGGCUGCCUCUGCUAUGGGCAGUAUCAUUAUGCCACGUCUGAUUCCCGAUUUGGAGGGUCGUGUUGUAGGCGGUGAGGAUACAACCAUCGAUCAAUACCCCUAUCAGGUAUCUGUACGCCUUUUGGGUUCCCAUGUGUGCGGUGGUAGCAUCUACAACUCCCGCGUUGUUGUAACUGCUGCCCAUUGCAUCUACAGUUUCUUGGGUGCCAGUUCCUACAGCAUUCAGUAUGGUAUAACCAAGGUUGGUGGUUCUAACAAUGUCAUCGGUGCCCAACGUAUUGUCAAGAACGAGAAAUACGAUUCCUCUUCGAUCAACAAUGAUGUUGCCUUGAUCUUCUUGUCUUCGGAUAUUCCAUUCAGUGCCACCGCCCAACCCAUUCCAUUGGCCUCCGCUGAACCUGAACCCACCACCGUUGCUGUUGUCACUGGCUGGGGUACCACCGAGGAAGAUGGUGCUUCUGCUUCGAUUUUGCAAAAGACCGAGGUAUUGAUUGUCGCCAGAGAUGUGUGCAAUAGCCAAUAUGCUGGCAUCAACGAAAUCACCAAUGUUAUGUUGUGCGCUGCUGUUGAAAAUGGCGGUAAGGAUGCUUGCCAAGGUGACUCGGGCGGUCCAUUGGUUGCCAACGGUGAAUUGGUCGGUAUUGUUUCCUGGGGUGUUGGCUGUGCUCGUGCCGAUUUCUCCGGUGUCUACAGCAAUGUUGCCGAAUUGAGAGAUUGGAUUGAGUCCAAUUUGGCUUAAAUUUAAUUUUUUGGAAUAAAUCUUGUAUAAUAGUAGCUAAAGAAGAAAGUAUUUUAUUUUCAAAUAGAAAAAAGAAGCAAUGAGGAAA